UCUAUAAAUUAUAGGAUUGCUUGUUAAAUAGUAGCUCAUGAGAUCGGUUUUGUUAUCAAAUGCUUGAUAAAAGACUUAAUAAAUGGUGUUUCACUGCGACAUGUUAGGUAGUUGACACUGACACUGAACAAAUAUGACGUCUUACAUGUCCAUGUCCGGGGCCAGAAUGCUGAUGACCUCUCAAGAUGUCCUGGAACAUUCAAGUCGCCUUGUGGACAAGCAUCUCCAAGCUGAUGGCAGUUACAGCGACCUUUCUGAUCUGCUCAAGGUCACUUCUCACACCCAGCCUAGCGUGAGUGGACUUCAUGACAAUGACUAUCCAAGUUUGGCCGAUUCAAAGAUUGGCCUGGAAUCAGUUAGUGAAGUGAGUGCUGUCAGAAAACACCCGUUACCUCAUGACAUCAUUGAACAGUUCGGGCAUAUGCAAUGCAACUGCCUGAUGGGACUUUUCCCAGCCAUUAAACGUGCUUACAUUUGUAUCGAUAGUGAUAUAUUUGUUUGGAAAUAUGAAAACGGGAGAGAUGUGGCCUACUUUGAUGGCCUCAGUGAGACGAUCCUGAGUGCUGGCUUGAUCAGUCCCAAACCGGGUAUAUUCCAGCCACAUAUACAGUAUCUCUUGUGUCUGGCCACUCCUGUCGAGAUCGUACUCCUUGGAGUUAGUUUUUCUCAGCCGUAUGAAGGUCCAAAAGAUGCAGAUUAUGAAGACGAAGACAUGCACCUCCUGCCUGAUCCGCUGUUUUCACUAUCGACUGAUGGCACGUACAUCACUACGAUAGCUGGCACAGACAAUGGCAGGAUAUUCAUGGCAGGCAAAGAUGGUUGUCUCUAUGAAUUAGUUUAUCAGGCAGAAGAUGGGUGGUUUAGCAGAAAGUGUCGUAAAAUCAACCACUCGACUAGUUCCUUGUCUUUCCUGGUGCCUUCCUUUCUCAACUUCUCUUUUGCUGAUGAUGAUUCUCUUAGCCAGGUGACCAUUGAUGAGAGUCGACAUAUCAUUUAUACCAGGUCGGAGAAGGGCACGAUUCAGGUUUAUGAUCUUGGUGAGGAUAGAACUGGGAUGAGUCGUGUUGCCGCGGUAUCACAGCAGACGACCAUGCAGAAUGCAGCGCAUAUUGCCAAAACGAUAGACCGAUCCAACUUCAAGACAAUAGUCCACAUUGCAGCAAUUCCGAAAUCAGAGUCUAUCAAUAUUCACCUAGUAGCCAUAACAAGUACUGGUGUUAGGUUAUAUUUCACGACUUCACCGUUCCAUACACGAGACAAGAGGCCCUCCAUGCUGUCUCUGGUUCACGUGCGUCUUCCUCCGGGAUUCACUGCCAGUGCUGCAACCCAGCGACCAAGUCACAUCCACAUGGCGCACUAUAAUCGCGGCACCCUCGUUGUGGCGUCAAGUCAAACAGAGGAAAGCGAUCUUCUGUGGACGAUUGGUGGCGAUACGUUCCCUUUCCAUUCACAGCUCAUGGAAACUUUCGGAACGUCUCCGGUUGAUGGCCGAACGUGGGCAAUGUCGGAAGUGACGAGCGAAGGGACCCCAUACAACGUUCUUGAAUAUCCACAAAAUGGAAAGAUCCUUGAAAAGUCUGACCCUCCUCUUGUGGUCACACAACAUGUGGAGCCGAUUAGGUCAUAUGUACUGCUCAGUUCUCAUGGUAGUCAUCUCAUGGACAAGUACCAUCCAGUUAACCAACUUCAGCAGUUACUGGCGAGUAACAAUGGAUCAGACAAUGAGCAGGUCCAGGCAUUCUUUAAACUUCACGGGGAGGACCAAGCCUGUGCCACCUGUCUGAUAUUAGCUUGUCACAACGGAGAAGCCAAACAGUCAGUUUCUGAGAGGGCAACGCGGGCGUUCUUCCUCUACGGAGGGGAACCGAAGCCAUCGUUCUCUGGUUCACAGAUAUCAUCCCCUGCUGUUAGUAACGUUGGACCGACUGGGUACCAAACUCAACAAGGUUUGCAGUCGAGUGCCUACCCUCCUAACGUGACAAUGUACAGCCAGACAGGGGGACAGUCGUUUGCCUUCACACCGGGACAUGGUAUCCAGCCACAACACAUGUCCACCCCGAACCCCAACUACGGCGACCACUACAUGUACGGACAACACCCUAUGACACCUUAUCCAAUGGUAUCAUCCAGUGGUACUGGACCUGCACCAAUCGCUGACGUCACAUUCUCAGGAAAGCACAACGGCAUCUGUAUCUAUUUCAGCAGGAUUAUUCGUCCACUGUGGGACAACAAGAUCGUCUCGGAUAUUCCUUAUCAAACUCCUGCUGGGAAAAGUCAGUUUCUGGCGAGUCGUUGUGAAGGGAAGGAACUGAGCUGGCAUCUGUGUCAGCUGGAUGGACUUAAAGAUUUCAUGGACGUGAACUCACAGUUCGUGUCACCUAUAGCAAAGGAACUGAGCUGGCAUCUGUGUCAGCUGGAUGGACUUAAAGAUUUCAUGGACGUGAACUCACAGUUCGUGUCACCUAUAGCAGUAGACAGUUUGGGUGGUUACACCAAUAUCCAGCAGAGUCGUCUCGUUGGACAUUACCCGGAUAGUCAACACGACGAACAACAACGCCGCAAGUUCCAGCUGGAGGCUCAGGCACAGGAAAACGCCUCUCUGCAGUAUGUGCAGCAGUUGGUACAGAGAACAAAUGAGGUCCUGGGACUGUGGAAGAUCAUUACGGAUCAUCAGUUCCAUAUCGUGGCGGCCGCUCUCAGCAAGGACCAGCUGAACCAGUUGAAGAGUAUGACGUUUAGGAAUCUGGUGGUGAAUGGGAAAGAGAUGUGUUGUGCCUUGAUCACCUGCCUCAUCAACUGUUACCUGAACGAUAAUGCCACAGUUGACGCCAUCAGUAAUCGACUCAGGGAGAUCUGUCCGUCAUUGUACAGCUGUGAAGAUGCUACCUGCUCCAAAGCCAACGAGAUCCUGAAAGCUGCCAAAGUCGUGCAGAAUAAACAAGAGAAGGAAAAGAUGCUGAGGGAGGCACUCAUGCUGUACAAGAACGUGACAUCCCAGCUGGAUCUUGCAAUGGUGUGUUCACAGUUUGCCGGCGUGCGCUACUUUGAGGGGAUAGUUGACCUGUGUCUGGCCGCGGCAGAGAAGCGAGACCCGCAGCAGCUCGCCAUGCACUUCUAUAACAAUGGAGCAAGAGGAGAUGACCUGGAGGGGCGCAAUGCUUAUAUUGCCAGAUCUGAUGCUUACAAGCGCAUCACUAAGACAUUGGAGAACCUCAUGACCAUCAGUUGUAAACAUCCCCAGGCUCCGAGCGUCCCCCAGAUGCCUGGACCUCCACCAGCUCCAGAUCCAAACCAGAUGUCCAAUGCCGAGGCAGAACAAUAUAGUGAACAAGUGUUACAGCUUGGACUCAAGUCCACUGAUGAACUCUUCCAUGUCGAGUUGUACAGUUGGUUGAUAAAGUACCAGCUGACAGAGAAGUUACUUGAGAUCCAGUCACCAUUCUUGGAAGCAUAUCUGAAGAGGGAGGCCAUGUUCAGUCCGGAUGAUCUCAACAUUCUUGAUCUCCUCUGGAAGCAUUACGAGAAGUCAAAGAAUUAUUCUGCUGCUGCAAAGAUUCAGGCCAAACUUGCUGACCGAGUGUGCACUGACAUUCCUCUCCGUACAAGAAUUGAAUACCUGUCGAGAGCUAUCAUGUGUGCUAAGAGUUCCGCCAUGCAUUCCGGCUCAGCAAGCGAGGGAGAAUUCCUGCAUGAACUUGAAGAGAAGAUGGAGGUUGCUCGUCUCCAGCUCCAGGUGAUGGAAACGCUACAACGAUGGACGUCUGAUCUUCCAAGAGUAAAAGAAGCGCUGAGUCGACUCAAUACUGAGCUAUUGGAUAUUACCACUCUCUUUGUUGAUUUUGCUAAUCCGUUCUCCCUGGCUGAAUGCAAGUUGGCUAUCGUUCAUUGUGCUAGCCAUUACGACCAGACUCUAGUUGAAUCCAUCUGGACUGAUAUCAUUGAGAAAGAGUUGACGGCCACUGCUGCACUACCUCCCCAGUCACGCAUGAACACGCUGAGUAACAAGAUCGUCGCUUUGGCUCAACUUUACGUAUCAACGGAGAGAUAUUUCCCAAUAGCUUAUCUUGUGAAAUAUCUUGAGAAGCGUAGCUGCCAGCAGAAUUUUGACAUCAAAUGGGUGUUCACCAUUCUGCAGAAGGUUGGAGUGAAACUGGCCACUCUCCAGGAGGUUUAUGACAGGCUCUUCAAAUCAAAGGAUCCGUUCUGGGAGGCAAGCAAGAAGCCUCUUCACCUCCUUCAUGUCGUCUGCCAGCUCUUGUCAUCAUUCACCGAGAAUCCAACACGAGUUCCCAACUAUGAGCGGAGACAGUUGACGACCGUGUGUCUCGAUGCUUUAGCUGGAUACCUGGUUGAGCUGCAGGCAAUGAGUAGCACCGAUCCGGCCGUCACCAGUCUGGUAGCAAACUUCAAGCAACUCCAGGCGAAGCUUGAACGACUUCUAUCAUAAUAGUCGGUGUGUUUGGUAUUCUGUUUACGUUGGCGACUUACACAAGUCUCAUGCAGCCUUUUCAAGUUCUUUUCAACUGGUUUGAGUUGAUUUAUCAUGCACUGGGGUGUAACUUGGGAAAUGUUGUGACCCUCUUCACUGCCUUACCUGCAUUGUCCACUGUUGUUCUCAGAACCUGCAUUGUCCACUGUUGUUCUCAGAAAGUCUUCUGUCAUGGGAUUAAGUAUCAAUGCCUUUCUGAAAUGUUGUAAUUACUGACUAUUAACUUGACAAUGAUACUUGCCCUAAUGUUCAACCAGCUUUGUGUUGUUAGAAGGAUGUUAUUGUAAGCAGUAGUCCAAAACUUCUACAGAUAACCUGCGCCGAAUGAGCUGAUUUAGUGGAGAGAUGCACUGCGGUGCACAACCACAUCAGUCUUGAUGGAUGUGGCCCAAAUGCCUGUAGGCUUCAGUCUCAGUAACGAUAGUCCUGGUAACAUGUAAUUGUAGACAGUUUUGGUGGUAACUUGCAAUGCUUCAAAACGUUACUGGUUUCAUACCAAAAAUAAUGAAUUUACAAAUAUUUUAUGCUUAAAUUUUGUAAACGUAUUUUUUUGUAAUCACA